AAAGUCUAUUGAGUAACUUGUCGCUUGAUCUUUAGAUUUUAGUAGAAGCUGAAUUUCUCUUGUUCAAGUUUAUUUUGCCCCACAUUGAAGGUUUAGCUGAGUGUCCUCUCAGUAAAUUUCAACAUGGGCAUGGAGGAUGCAGAAUUGGAGAAGAGCACAACCACAAAAUCUAAAAAGGUAGCAAGAGAGCAUAAAGAACAGUUGGAAAGACUUAAGGAAAAGGACCCCGAUUUUUAUCAGUUCUUGCAAGAGCAUGAUAAGGAGCUGCUAGAGUUCGAUGAUGAGGACAAUGACGAACAUGUUGACGCUGAGUUGGAUGAUUCUGAGUUGGAGGAUGCUGAUAUGCAAGUGGAUGAUGAGACCAUUGGGCAUGAUAUUUGGACAGAGGACAAACCAUCCAGAAAUGCUAUCACUACAGAAAUGGUUGAAUCGUGGUGCAAUUCAAUACGAGAAAAUGGACAAUUAGGUGCUGUUCGCUCUCUUAUGAAAGCUUUUAGGAUUGCAUGCCACUACGGCGAUGAUAGUGGAGAUGACUCUUCUGCAAAAUUUAGUAUCAUGUCUAGCAGUGUAUUUAAUAAAAUAAUGGUAUUCGUGCUAACUGAAAUGGAUGGAAUUCUUCGAAAAUUUUUGGCAUUCACUGCGGUUGGUGGGAAGAAGGAAACCAUGAACGACCUGAUGACCACUAAAAAGUGGAAGAACUACAACCAUCUGGUGAAGUCAUACCUUGGAAAUGCCCUACACGUUUUGAAUCAAAUGACUGAUACUGAAAUGAUAUCAUUUACUUUACGGCGUCUCAAAUACUCAUCCAUCUUUUUGGCGGCUUUUCCUAGCUUAUUAAGGAAGUACAUUAAGGUUGUUCUUCACUACUGGGGCACAGGAGGAGGUGCUCUCCCUGUUGUUUCCUUCCUAUUUUUAAGAGAUAUAUGCAUUCGGUUGGGAUCAGAUUGUCUAGAUGAAUGCUUCAAAGGGAUGUACAAAGCAUAUGUUUUGAACUGCCAAUUUGUAAAUGCAGUAAAAUUACGGCAUAUUCAGUUUCUUGGAAAUUGUGUUGUAGAACUUAUAGGGGUUGACAUUCCAAGUGCCUAUCAACAUGCAUUUGUUUAUAUACGGCAGUUGGCCAUGAUUUUGCAAGAUGCAAUUUCUAUGAAAACUAAGGAAUCAUUCAGGAAGGUUUUUGAGUGGAAGUUUAUUAACUGUCUUGAGCUUUGGACUGGAGCUGUCUGCGCCUACAGCUCAGAACCUGAUUUUAGGCCCCUUGCUUAUCCGUUAACCCAGAUAAUUUCUGGAGUUGCUCGACUAGUUCCAACUGCUAGAUACUUCCCCCUUAAGCUGAGGUGUGUUAAAAUGCUCAAUCGCAUUGCUGCUUCAACCUGCACUUUUAUACCAGUUUCAAUGCUCCUCUUGGAUAUGUUGGAGAUGAAAGAAUUGAAUAGGUCCCCAACAGGUGGUGUCGGCAAAGCUGUUGAUUUGCGUACCUUAUUGAAGGUAAGUAAGCCUACCCUGAAGACACGAGCAUUCCAGGAUGCGUGUGUAUUUUCUGUGAUUGAAGAACUUGCUGAACAUUUAGCUCAAUGGAGUUGCUCUGUUGCUUUCUUCGAGUUGUCAUUCAUUCCAGCUGUGAGGUUGCGAAGCUUCUGCAAAGCUACUAAAAUUGAGAGGUUCGAGAAAGAAACAAGGCAGCUCAUUCGUCAGAUAGAGGCUAAUUCGGCAUUUACAAAUGAAAGACGAAUAUCAAUUACUUGUCUACCUAACGAUCCUGCAGCAGCUUCUUUUCUUGAGGAUGAAAAGAAGAUGGGGACUAGUCCUCUGUCUCGAUAUGUUUUGACUCUACAUCAAAAGGCACAGCAAAGAAAUGACUCUCUGGCGGAGUCCAGUGUGCUGGUAGGGGACCACUCCUCUGUCUUUGGGAGUAAAGUAUCAGAAACUGAUGAAGAUGAUGAUGAUGAUACCAAUACUGAGAAAGGUGCUGCAAUCUUCAGCUCCUCGUGGUUACCAGCAAGUGAUUCCAACGCGAAGUCUUCAAAACAGGAGGAGAAGAAGAAAAAGAAGAAGAAAGAGGUGGAGCAGAAGGUAGCUCUUGAUGAAGAUGUGGUGGAGGAUUUGGUACUUAGCUCUGAUGAGGAUGGGUCUACGAGUGAUUCCGGUGACGAAGAUGACAAUACUAACCCUCCUAAACAGCAUAAUAAGAAGCAGAAACGGCCCGCAAAAUUUUCAGAAAAGAAAGGCAAAUCUCAUGCAAAGGGAUCAAACCGGAAACCUCUUAUAGCUGACCCCCCAUCUGGCAAGAGUAGAAAUUUAGAAUCGGCUCCUUCUGGAAAGCAGAAUAAGAAACGGAAACUUGUCACUGAUACAUCAAAGAAAAAUGGCAAAUCGUUCGCGAAGAAGCCGAAGAGGGCAAGAGGUAACUUAUGAAUGCUGAAGAUUUGCCAUUUGUUCUCUCUAUUGAACAUUAGUAGUAUCCUGAGGUGGUUUCUGCUUAAACACAAGCUUCCAUGGCAGAGCCAGUUUUGUUGAGAUGAUUUUAUCUGAUUUUUUUUUUUUCAUUGAAGAAAGUUUGAAGUGGUUGAUACAGUAAGGGAGAGAAUUGAAUUGUAUCUAUGGAGAAUUGUAUCUAUGGCAAUGAAGUUGAAUCCAGCAGGCUAACGUAUUGAAGUUUGCUUGCUUUAGUCACCAUUUCGUCCUGUAACAUUCCUGCUGGUUCCUUGGAAACUUAAAAGAAUUUCCACAUGAACAAGAAGAUUACUUGCCUUUGAAUUUUUUGUAGGAAAAUUGUCA